AUGGACACGCUCUCAUGGAUGCUCCUGGCUUUUGCCAUUUACAUGCUCGCAAAAACACUAUUCGCAGACCGCUCGCCCAUCCCCGAGACAUCAGGCAAAGUCUACAAAGUCGCCAGCGCCGGCGAGCUAGACGCCCUCCUCGCCUCCACCACCAACGUCGUCGUCGACUUCUACGCCGACUGGUGCCCGCCCUGCCGCGCCAUCGCGCCUGUCUUCUCCGGUCUGGCCGACAAGCACGCCGCGGAGGGGAAGCUCGCGUUCGCCAAGGUCAACGUCGAUCACGUCAACAACGUCGCUGGCCGCUACGGCGUCACUGCCAUGCCGACGUUCAUGUUCUUCCAGAAGGGAAAGCCUACGGGUGUGGCUGCCAAGGGAGUGACGCCUCGUCAGUCGGUUGUGUUCACUGAGGAUGGCCGCGUCGACAAGAUUCGGGGCGCGGAUCGGGCUGCGUUGCAGGCUGUUGUGCAGGCGCUGGCUGGUGAGGGAGGGGAUGCGAAGGAGUGA